UCAUUCUAAGCCCUGAAAACCUUUUGGAGGAAUCUUGCUACUGCAUGUCAGACUGAGAGUUUGUUUCUACUUUAGGUUUCGAACUGUAGGAACCACAGCAUUAGAGCUUAUCGAAGAUCGGCUCCCUUACUUUCUUCAUUGCGUCCUUAAGUCAGACCUCAGUGAACAUCAUGACAGAUACUCCUGUGACACUGAGCGGGACAGAGUGCAAUGGGGACAGACCACCUGAGAAUGGCCAACAGCCUAUCAGUCAAACCAAGAAGGAGAUAACUGAUGCAGAUGAGACCCAGCCAUACUACAGGGUUGAACCCAGUCUUAAAGAUUUACCUGCAAAAGAAAAUCAAGAAGAAACUGGAAACAUUAAAGCGAACAUACUACCUAAAGGGCCUGAAGAUGAGAGGAUCCUCAAUGAAAACCCAGAAGAGGACCUCUUUGUUGUUCACCAGGCCAUCAAAGAUCUUUCUCUCCAAGAAAUAAGUGCAGAAGACAUGGCUUUUCGAGAAGGGCAUCCGUGGAAGAAGAUUCCUCUGAACAGCAGUAACCUGGAAGUGAGUAGACAGAAGGAAAGAACUGCCCAGCAACAGCUUGAGCAGAGAGGAGAUGCGAGCACAACUGAAAUCGAAUGGCUGGGGUUCCAGAAAUCUCGUCCAGUUGACAUCUUGCAUUCUAAGUGUGACGAGGAAGAAGAAGAAGAAGAAGUUUGGAAUGAAGAGAUAAAUGAGGAAGAUGUUGAUGAGUGUGCUGAAGAGGAAGAUGAAGUUCGAGUAAUAGAAUUUAAGAGAAAACACAGAGAAGGUUCUCCAUUAAAAGAGGAAAGCCUUGCAAGGGAGAACUCCCCACUAGGCAGCCCCGGCUCCCAACCGGGGACCCCAGAUGAGCAGCCAGUGUUUGGAAAGAAGGGAGAUAUCGCCAGGAAUUCUUAUUCCAGAUACAACACGAUAUCCUAUCGGAAAAUAAGGAAAGGCAACACCAAACAGAGAAUUGAUGAGUUUGAGUCAAUGAUGCACUUAUAAACUAAUGGGGACUGAGGAAUGUCGGGAGUGUUAAAGAAAAGCUAACUUCUAACUUCCUUCUGCUGAGAUUUCUUCUGCUGCCUCAUUUGCAAGAUGUGCAAGCUUAAUGUCUUCUUCACCAUAAAGCAACAUGGAAAUAACCAUAGACAAAACUUAUUUGGGUAACUUCAAACCAAUGAGCUUUAGAUUCAUUCCUGGGUUUUUGCUUUAAAAAAAAAAAGUAAGCUAAUAAUAUAGCAUCAGGUAAGCAUUGUCACAGAGCUAAGCCUGGUAGGAUUUGUCUUUAAAAGUAGCAAUGGUAAGAGAGGCAAGUCAAGGGAAAGAGAACAGUAGACAUGCCUCUCAUCAUUCUCUUGGUGCCUCUUUUUUUUCUUCAGGCCAAUGAGAAGCCGAAAAUUAAACCCCACCUCCAUCAAACACAGUUUUUAUAGAUUCUGGCUUUUUUUUCUUUUCUAAUUGUUGUAAAAAUAUAUCUUAAGUCAGUUUCUGUGGCAUCUACUGAGUAAAAAUUUAGCAGAUCUCCUUUCUAGGUGCAACUGUUCAGUGAAUUCCCUCACUAAAAGGCUAGGCAAUUGUCAGCAGGCUUUAUGCUUUCCAUAUGAAUUAAAUCAAUUGUGAAGUUGAUCCAGAGAGAGCCUAGAUGACUGGGGAGCCAUUGAGUAGGGAAUUGUAUUGGAUGAUGGUUUUCAUUUUUGUUACUGAAAACAAAGUCUUGUCUCGCACAAUGAGAAUCAUUAAAAAUAAAAAUGGCAAUUUUAGCACAAUUUUAA